AUGACCUCAGGACCUGCAACCAUCCGGAUCGGCUACGUGCCUGAGCACUAUCUCACCCCUCUGCAUUUGGCCCUGCGCUCCCCGGCCGCCCAGUCCCUCCCGUUCACACUUGCUCUGAUUCCUUUCCCCUCCGGAACGGGACACAUGAUCACGUCCCUGCGCGAGAAGGAAAUCGAUAUCGGAAUUGGUCUGACCGAGGGAUGGAUCGCUGGCCUCGCGGGCAAACAGCAAGCCCAGAAGGACACCGCAUCAGGCGGGUACAAAGUGGUCGGACACUGGGUCGACACGCCACUGCGAUGGGCGAUCGUCACAGGCCGGAACAGGGACGCGCUGGAAGCAGUGUCGGAUCUGCAAGGCAAGAGAGUGGGAGUAAGUAGAAUGGGGAGUGGAUCCCACAUUAUGUCGUUUGUGCUCGCACAACAGAAUGCCUGGAAACCGGACUCCCUGACGCCUGUGCCGCUGGGGCCUUUUGGAGCGCUCACAACUGGGGUCACAGGCGACAACGGUGCAUCCGAUCCCACCGCUGAGUUCUUCAUGUGGGAGCAUUUCACAACCAAGCCGUCCUUCCACCCCACGGUGGAGAAGCCGCAGGUGCCGCUAAAGAAGAUCGGGGAGAUCUUUACGCCCUGGCCCUCGUGGAUGAUUGUGGCUUCCACGGCGGUAUUCCCUAACCCGGAGACGGACAAGGCGCUGGGCCAGCUCUUCCAGGUCCUGGAUCAGGGUAUUAAGGCCUUCCAGAGCGAUUUGGUGCACGUCGUCACUCUUCUGGGAACCGGGGAGCUGGGGUGCAAAUAUGGCGAGGAGGAUGCCGGGGAAUGGCUCAAGGACGUGCGGUUCACGACCGAUGGUACGAGAGGCGUGGACCGCAAGGUAGUGGAGGAUGUGGUGGAUAUCUUGAAGGUCGCGGGGGUGAUUGACCCUGGAAUGACAAAUGAUGAGGCCGUCGCGCGGGUGAUUGGAAUCCCACGAUGA